AUGGUCGUUGCGAAACCGGUUGAGGCAGCACGGUCGAGGCAGGAAUUUGACGCCGAGUUGACCCAAUUGGUCACUUGGGCGAAUGGUGUGGGCGGCCCGGUGCGAACGCCGGAAUGCGUAGCGCCCUCGGCUGCUCCGGCAUCACCGCAGAGGCCAGCCGACCCGGCCCAACCAACGAUCCGGGAAUUACCCAACGGCGAGCGACCACGGGAGAGGUUGCGGCAAAGGGGCUCGCGGGAAUUGUCCAACACGGAAUUGGUGGCGAUUCUCCUGCGAACCGGAAUGAAGGGUGAGAACGCCGUCAGCAUGGCAUCGCGGAUCAUGGCGGAUUUCGGUGGCCUGGCUGGUCUGGCGAAGGCGGAUUAUGGGGAGUUGAUCCGGGAGCGCGGGUUGAGCGAUGCCAAGGCGUGCCAGGUAAUGGCAGCCCUGGAGUUGGGGCGCCGUGUCGCCGCGCUACCGCCAGCCGAACGGCCGCAAAUCUCAUGCGCCCAGGACGCAGUCAACCUGAUAGCGCCGGAAAUGGCGGCGCUGGAUCAGGAGAAUCUGGUGGUUUUACUGUUGGACACGCGCAACCGGAUGGUGCUUAAGCGCACCGUUUAUAUGGGUACGGUCAACAGCAGCGCGGUGCGUCCCGCUGAGGUGCUGCGACCGGCGAUUCGGGAGAACGUGCCGUCCAUCAUAGUGGCGCACAACCAUCCGUCCGGGGACCCGACCCCCAGCCCUGAGGAUGUGGCGGUGACGCGAGACUUGGUGGCCGCCGGGAAACUUAUGGACAUAGAAUUGCACGAUCAUUUGAUCAUCGGAGAUGGGGGCCGUUUCACCAGUCUCCGCGGCAUUGGUUCCGGAUUCGAACAGCGUGAUUAUCACGCACUCACGGUGAUAAACUCCACGGCACGCAGCACCUGCGGAGGGUAA